UUAUUUGAUAAAAUAAAUAUUGUUAAAUAUAACUGUUAAGUUUUUUAGUAAAUUAAAUAAAGAUAUCGGACAAUAAUGAAGUAUGCAUUAAAUGGUCAGUUACGUCACUAUAUAGCUGUUCUAAAACUAUGUGUAAUAUAACCUAAAUCUUAUAGUAGAAGCACUAAUCUUUCAUUAUAAUACAAAUUAAUACAUGAAAUCCUAUUUAUUUCAAUGGAAUUUGCCUAAUUUAGUCCAUUAAGUCACUUUUUAGUCUUCAAAAUAAUGGGACAGUUACGUAAUAGGAAUUCUAAUGUGACGUAAUGGAAAUGUAAAGGCUUGUCAUCACUAAAUGGCUAGAAGAAACGGGGCAUUUAAAAAAAGAAGGCAUGCAUGUUUUAUUGAUUAUGGAUGACAUACAAAUGAAACAUAAGGUAAGGGUAGUAUUACAAGUAUGAUAUAGUCCAGACACAGAUUAUGACUCAUUGUUCAACUGUUUAAAAUGAGGAGAGCUUGAGAAACGAGACUUAUCGUGAGUCUUACGUUGACCUAUAUAGGUCAAAAUUAAAUUAUUUAAAGGUACUAGAAUCAGACAAUGUGCUAAGUCUCGUUACUGAUUCUUAGUUAAAGUAGAACAAAAAUGAUAAUUAUUAAACUGUAGUUCUGUAAUCUGCAAGGUCGUUGUUAUCAUUUGCUACUGUCAAGUGUCAUCUAUAAAAAUCUAAAUAACCUAAAAGGCAAUAUUAUUUUUACUUGUUAAAGAAGAAUUAUUAUUUAAAUAACUUGUAUAAACCAUGUCUUUAGUAUUAACAAAAGCUGCUUUAGCCUUAAAUAAUGCCGAAAAAAACUUCAAAGUUGUUAAGUUUGAAGCUCAUAAACCUAAGAAAAAGGAAUGUUUAUCAGACGAUAAAAAAAUACAUGAUUUACGAAGCACAGAUUCGCAAAAGAAAGAAGUAGAUCUGAAGAAAAUUCGUCAUGAAAUUGUUAAAUUUGGUAUGUCAGGAUUCGAUUCUACAAAGAAACAAGAAGCCAAAAUAGCCUUAGCUGUAAGUUUAGGUGCCAAGCCACCAAAACGGGCCUAUUUAAAUUAUAAAGAGUUAAUGGCUAAACGAAAAGAAGAAAAGUUAAAAGAAAAUGAGGAAAAGCAACAAAUGAAAUCUAAGAGUAUCCUUAAAACUGUUGGGCAAAAGAAGAAAAAGGGUUCAAAGAAUGAUGUUGGACACUUACUGAGUAGUUAUGGAAAGGUGCAGAAGAAAGAUUUAAAAAAAGAUAACAAAAAUAAAGGUAACCAGAAAAAGAAGAGUAAAAAAUUGAUUUAA